GUUUGUCACAGAGGCGAAUUUUGCCAAAGUAGAUUAUUACCUAUAUUUUUGCUUUCUAAUUAUUUGGAAAUGACGGAGCCAUCAGAAAACGAGUUAUUCGAAGUUAUAAAAGACUGCUUAGAGAAGGACGGUACGCUGGGUAAAGUGAAUGGCGAAAUUAGGGCAGCUGUUAUGUCGAUUUUGAACAGGGAUUUCGAGAAAAACGAUCCACCGCAAGUGCCCGAAGAAACGAAACUAUUGAACGAAUUGAUUAGGGAAUAUUUAACUUGGAACGGUUACCUCUAUUCCGAACAACUGCUGUCUGCCGAAUCCGGCCAAAAGAACGAAAGACUAAGCAGGGACGUACUGACGACGAAAUUAGGCGUGAUUGACGAUGCCAAAACAGCCAAGAUACCAUUAUUAUAUUAUAUUGUAUCGGCUUUUGAAAAUUCACGUUGAAUCUAUACAAUAAACGUAGUUAUUUAUCAGUCGUUUUCGGUGUUAUUUUCCCUCGAUUUUUUUAACCUGUACAUUUCAGUUUGUUUGGUAGCGAUGAAUUUCAACGAUACAUAUCCGGAUAUUAGCUGGAUGCAGAGCAUGGAAAACAUAACGCUCUGUACGGUUAUUUCUAAUAUGUACAUAUCGAAGUAAGGAUUGAACAGCAGGAAUCCCUGCAGUGGAAAUUGGAGUAGAAUGGAAAGCAUCCAAAAGCUGGCCAAUUCUGGU